AUGACGCUCGAUCCAGACAGGUUAGGAGGCGCCGGCCUGCCUGCGUCCAAGAGGGGCUGCUCAAAUACGAACAGUGCUGUCCACACUCCCGGCAGGAUAGCUACUCCACCACCACCAGCAGAUCGUGCGCGCCUGGAGGUUAAGCACAACAUCGAUAUCGGGGCUUCAAGACCUUCCAGGUCGAAUCCAAGAGAAAGCGAUGUCGGGCGAGGAGGUUCUUUGGAUGUUGAGGCUGUCGAUGUAGAGCUGCGCCGACAGGCAAGUCGCUCCCAGAGGGAGUCAACACCAGGCGGAAGUCCCCACAGGAAACGGCAAAGGAUAAAUGGUGACAGAUUCAUUCCUACUCGAACUGGUCAGGACCUCCAGGCCAGCUACAGCCUUCAUGAGCCCGGUACGCCCACUGCGGCGAGGUCCAAGCGCCCCUCUCAUGGCGAGUUGAAUUUUCAAAAGACGGAGCAAGCAAACCGGACUUACAACUCCCUACUUCGUGCGGAACUGUUUGAAGGCUCAAUACCGCACGCGACACCCCCUAUCAUGUCUCCAGACCCUUCGUUGCCAACAUCGUCGCGCAAUGCAAAUCCCUAUGACGGAGCAAGAUCGCACACUCCCCCAGCGGCUCCAGCUCCGUCCUUGCCACCCACCAUGACCCCAUCCACGCCCCACAAAAAUCUGUUUACAUACAUGUCACCGCGCAACCUCAGCGGUGUCGCUGGUCACAUGACUCCCUCGAGGACGCCACAGAGUCGACAUGGCCCCAAUAUGGACACCAGAGCCGAGAUUUACAGCUUGUCACCCGUUAGGUUUGGGAGCCAGCAGAUGUUAUUAAGUCCAAGACGGCAACCUAGGGCAGUGAGUAAGGUGCCUUACAAAGUGCUGGACGCACCGGAGCUGGCAGAUGAUUUCUAUCUGAAUCUUGUCGACUGGGGCUCAGCAAAUGUGCUAGGUGUCGGUCUGGGAUCGAGUGUUUAUAUGUGGAACGCUCAGACGAGCCGGGUGAAUAAGCUUUGCACACUCGAGGAUGACACUGUCACCAGCGUGUCCUGGAUACAAAAAGGAACACACAUUGCAAUUGGCACACACAAGGGAUUGGUGCAAAUCUGGGAUGCCGAAAAAACGCGACGUUUGAGAACCAUGACUGGCCAUACUGGUAGAGUCGGUUCACUGGCAUGGAACUCGCACAUCCUGACUUCAGGAUCCCGGGAUCGAAUGAUAUACCACCGCGACGUCAGGAGACCAGACCAAUGGGUCCGGAAAUUGGUCGGCCACAAGCAAGAGGUCUGCGGUCUGAAAUGGAACGCCGAUGACGGCCAACUCGCAUCUGGUGGUAACGACAACAAGUUGAUGGUCUGGGAAGGCCUCAACGAGACGCCGUUGUGGAAAUUCUCGGACCACACAGCUGCAGUAAAAGCGAUAGCCUGGUCGCCGCAUCAAAGAGGUCUCCUCGCGUCAGGAGGUGGUACGGCGGACCGGCGGAUAAUAUUUCACGACACCCUCAAAGGAAGCGUCAUCAACGAAGUCGACACUGGCAGCCAAGUCUGCAACAUUGCCUGGUCUAAGAACUCCAAUGAGAUCGUCUCGACGCAUGGAUACAGUCAGAAUCAGAUCGUGGUGUGGAAAUACCCCUCCAUGACGCAGGUAGUCAGCCUUACGGGCCACACGUACCGAGUCCUUUACCUCGCCAUGAGUCCAGAUGGACGUACAGUCGUCACAGGAGCGGGUGACGAGACACUGCGCUUCUGGAACGUGUUUGGGAGAAAGCCCGGGGCCAGAGAGGAUAGUGACGGGGCAGGGCGUCUCUCAGACUGGGGCAUAAUUCGCUGA